AUGACUGAGUAUAACUGCCCACCUCAACCUCCUCUGGAGCUCAACCACUCGGCCGAGCAGCUGAUGGAAAUGACGCGUGCUGGUAUCGAGGCCUCUCUCGCUCGCCUAGCUUUACUUUCAGCUAAGCCAGUCACCGAUUGGACCUUUGAUAAGUUCAUUGUACCAUUUGCCGAGAAUGAAAACAUUGUGCUCUUGGAGUCUUCGAUUGUUGAGAUUUACCAAUACGUAUCCACGGAGAAAGACCUAAGGGACAGUUCCCGCGCAGCGGCGCAACUAUGGGCCGUACAUUACAAUGAGAUCAAAACACGAGUGGAUCUCUUCCGUGGUAUCGAUGCAAUCCACAAAAAAAGCCGAGAAGAGAAGGCAUUGUUAAAUGCUGAAGAGAUCCACUAUCUGGACCGAGUGCACAAUGCCUUCUGUCGAAAUGCUGUCCAUGUCGAUGAGCAAACAAACAAGCGCUUUCAGGAGUUGCAGAAGGAUAUUGAGCAGCUGAGCAACAAGUGCAGGCAAAACGCUCAAGAGGCAGGCGUAAGCGCAGGAGUUUGGUUCGUCGAGGCAGAGCUAAAAGGCCUCCCAGCAUCUUAUACCGCGAAUCUUAAGCGCGAUGCUGAUAACCGAGCCUUUGUGGCCCUGAAGAGGAACGACAUAGACAUGAUCAUGAGAUUUGCGACAAAUGAAACGACGCGGGAGCGCAUGUUUGUUGCUUCCGAGAACAGAUGUCCAAAGAACAUUGCCUUAUUUGAGGAGCUAGUUAGUUAUCGCCGACAAGCCUCCCAGCUUGUGGGAUACUCAUCAUACGCCGAAUACACCAUUCAAGGACGCAUGUUAGAUGUCUCUGAAGUGAAGGAGCUUCUGGAUUCCAUCAGAAAACAAGUGGCCGACCAAGCAGUUACAGAGAGAGCGGCCCUUAUGAAAACCAAGCAGCAGUACCUCAAAUUGCAGGGGAAAGCGGAGCAGGGGAAAGCGGAGGAUGAGCUCGAUUCCAGAAUCCACCUCUGGGACUUACCCUUCUAUUCCCGACUCGCUAAGAUAGAAAAAUAUGACUUUGAUGAGAUAAGUCUGGCGGAGUACUUCCCCCUCGACCCUACACUGGCUGGUAUUUUACAGAUUUUUGAACGCCUCUUUGGUCUUCGAUUCCAGGCUCACGAAGCAUGGGUUUGGCAUGAUACGGUAACAGUCCUUGCCGCGUGGAACGAAACAGCGAUGGGCGGCGAGUUCCUCGGCUAUAUUUAUCUCGAUCUUUUCGACCGACCGGGAAAAUAUAAUAGUAACUGUAAUGUUGUGUUUGCGCCGGGCUUUCCGGGAAGCAAACCUAGCAUCGCAUUACUGGCUUCCUUUUCUUCUGUGGCACCUACUCUUCUCCGACAUCGGAAUUUAAUCACAUUGUUUCAUGAGCUUGGCCACACCAUUCACUAUUUAGUGGGCCAGACACGCUUUGCCAGCACGUGGGGCACCGGUACGUCUCACGACUUUGUUGAGAUUCCUAGCUCGAUGUUAGAGAAUUGGUGCUGGACACCGUCUGUUCUGCAUUCUUUAGCGCGGCACUACACAUACACCUCCGCUCAAGAGAGAGAAGCCUACUUGCAAUCUCAUGCCCAACUACCUGAUGAGAAGCCCUCGAUUGAACUAUUCGAAGGGCUCGCUGCCUCCCGGGCAAUUGACCAGGGCUGCAACAUGUUGAACCGAUUACACAUCACCCUCUAUGAUCUUACAGUCUAUGAUAAAGACCCAGUACCCGCGCUUUCGCUGUCGGUAUUUUAUAACCAGUUACGUAGCGAGCUCACCUCUCUCAUUGGACCAGAAAGCCACGGGAAAGGUCAUGACUGGGGAUUCGGGCAAGCAAAUACCAACCCUCUCUUCCACAACUACGCCGCUGGCUACUACGUUUAUUUCUUGUGCGAGGCAUAUUCGCGGACUAUGUUCAAAACCCGAUUUCAGCAGAACCCGAUGGAUGAAGCUGAGGGACGCCGGUACCGCCGGAUCGUUCUAGAAAAGGGUGGGAGCUUGCCAGAGCUACCCUUACUCGAGGAGUUUGUUGGCGGGAAGUUAGAUGAAUCUCGGAUUUUUUGA